AUGACUUCGAUAGGUACAGGUUACGAUCUUUCCAAUUCCGUCUUCUCCCCCGAUGGACGAAACUUUCAAGUCGAAUAUGCUGUGAAGGCGGUUGAAAAUGGUGGAACUUCGAUUGGAAUUAAAUGUAAAGAUGGUGUUGUGCUUGCAGUUGAGAAGGUCAUCACCAGCAAGCUCCUAAAGCCAGGAGCCAACAAACGUAUUGCGACAAUCGAUAGACAUAUGGGUUCUGUAUCCUCAGGAUUAGUGCCAGAUGGUAGACACUUCACUUCCCGUGCACGCGAUGAAGCUGCAAGCUGGCGUAGCGUUUACAAAACUCCAAUCACAACCGCCGAUUUGGCUAGUCGAAUGGGUGGAUAUCUUCAAGCAUACACUCUCUAUUCAUCAGUACGACCAUUCGGUAUUACUGCGAUCGUUGCAGGUUAUGAUUCCGAACAGGAAUUACCAGUUGAUGGACAAGUAGGAUCUGGGCCAUCCAUUGGUUCUGGAGGAAAGGUUGAGGGCAAGAAAUAUGGUGGACCAGGUCUUUACAUGAUUGAGCCAAGUGGAUUGUACUGGGGAUAUUAUGGAGCUGCCACGGGUAAGGGACGUCAAAUCGCCAAAGCCGAGCUAGAGAAGUUGGAUCUUGCAGCUGGCAAGUUGAGUUUAUUAGAUGGUGUAAAGGAAGCUGCACGAAUCAUCUACAUUGCGCAUGACGACAGUAAGGAUAAGGAAUUCGAGCUCGAGAUGACCUGGAUUAGUAAUCUUGAUGGACCAACAAAGGGAAGACAUGAGGAGGUACCCAAGGAUCUUCUUGAGGAAGCGGAGAAGUUGGCAAAGAAGGCUUUGGAGGGUGAUGAUGAUGAGGAAGAAGAUAAACCGGCUGAAGGAGAUAAGAUGGAGGAAUAG